CUAUAAAUCAGCUAUUAAAACGUUUCUGCAUUAGCAUUUCAGCUGAAUAGAUUCAGUGUUGCAACAGAAAAUGUUUGAGGGGGUUUGAUUAGAAACUGAUUAAAAUGAAAAGUAAAACUGUUCUUAUAAGAACAAAACCACGCCUGUAAUUUAUUGGCCCUUCGUUCUGAUCUUUGGCCCUCGGAGUUGACAGAGAAGAAAGGAGCCACUAAAAGGAUGGCUCACAUACCACAAAGGUUAUCUUUAAAACCUUUCUUUGCUGAACUCAUGUUUGGCUUCAUUCUCCUGGUUGACAGCUGCAAAGGUCAGUCCCUGCAGACGGAGCGUCCUCGGCUCGUUGCAGCGAUGCUCGGUGAUGACGUGGUUCUACCGUGUCACCUGGGAGGUUCUGUGAACCCCGAUGAGUUGGUGCUGGAAUGGGGGAGACUGGACCUGAACCCCAGAUUUGUGUUCAUGUGGUUUGAAGGGAGUGAAAAUGUAAAUGAAAAAAACACGGCCUACAAGGGAAGAACGUCUCUGUUCACAGACAGACUGAAAGACGGAGACGUUUCUCUGAGACUGACGGCAGUAAAACACUCUGACAACGGGAGAUUCAGAUGCUACAACCCAAAAGAGAUGAAAGCAGAUUCAGUCGACCUGCUUGUUGGCUCCGCCUCCUCACCUGGUGCCAGUUUAUCUGGACUGGAUGUCAGCAGCAGUGGAGUGAUGCUGGACUGCAGCGCUGCAGGCUGGUAUCCAGAACCUGAGAUGUUCUGGCUGGACGGAGACGGAAACAUCAUGUCUGCUGGAGCUGCAGAGAAAAGCACAGAUCCUGAUGGUGUUUACACUGUUAGCAGCAGAGUGACUGUAGAGAAGAGAAACAACAACAACUUUACCUGCAGAGUCCAGCAGAGAGACAUCAACCAGAGCAGAGAGACACACAUUCAUGUUCCAGAUGAUUUCUUCAUCAAUGAGAGCAGCUGCUCCGUUUCUAUCAGCUUCAAUGUCAUUUUAGUCGUCAUGGUUGUUCUUGGAGUCGCUUUUAUUAUUUGGAUGAAGAAACAAAACAAAAAGGUAAAGAAGUUAAAGAAAAUCAGUGAAGAGCAAAUGAAGCUCAUUCCAGCAGCAAGACUGGAGGAGGAGCUAGAAAAAAGAAACAAGGAUCAGAAAAUCAUUGAUCAGCAGAUUAAAUCACUAACAGAGAUGUUAGAGGAACUGAAGGAGCAGAAAAAACAACUUACUGAUCAAAUGGAGGAGGCAGAUAAAAUGAUUGAGGAGGAUGAGAAGAAGUUUAAGGCUGUUGAUGAUGAAGUAACAAACCAGACGGGGAACAUGAUAGAAAAAAAAGCACAAGGAUAUUUAAAACUGAAGGGAAUGAUAACAGAGAGUCGAGAGAAACUGGUACAGAGAAAGAAAGAUCAUCAAAAGGUCGGAUUUAUCACAGAUAAACUGAUAAAAAGAACAAAUGAUGAAAUUAACAAGCUGGAGGAGAGAAAACAGGAGAUAGAAAACCAUGUAAAGAAAAUACAAAAACAACUUGAUGAAAAGGAAACUUAGAAGUAAUUCAUGUUCAGAAAAAGAAAAGCAAAACUUUGUAAAAACUUUGUAAUAUUUUGUUGUCAUAAUUCUUAGUGACUAAAAUUUGAUACA